GAUCUCCGCCUUCGCCGCCAUGAUACUCAAACAAUCUGCUCAUGCAAGAGAAACCAAACCCGAAGCAUGAGAUUCAGCAAACUUCUGUCCUGGACUCCUGGUAGCGCAGUCUGCUCUGGAUUUUACGGAUUAGGUUGGGAUGCACUACUACGCUUGCCUUUUUGAGCCCGACACUUCCUUGUGACACGGCUUCUCUGGGACACGACGUUGAAGUCGCCAGCUGUUUCGUUCAGUUCUCUACCUUCCUUGCUUUUCAUGACUAUAACGUCUUUCCUCCAGCGGCAUCGGGUGGUGUCGCUGGCAGGCCCAUGUACUCCGAUUUUCAGAUGCACAAAAAUACAGAAAUGCAAUUUAUAACAUAGUCUCUGAGUAUCCAGUGAGCCGAUAACGGUACAAUGUGCUGGUAAUACUAGUUGCCAGGGUCCACCCGGGUAAUAUUACAGGUAUGCCAUUUUGGGCGAUCCUAACUUUAUUGUGGUUGUAUUUGUUCUUGUGUAACCGACGGAUUGACCCUUUUAUACGCCCCGGACGCCCCAAUAUCCCUUCCCCUCUUACUUGUCGACUUUGACUUUGAGUUGCUUAUCCGCUUGAAAUUUCGCGAAAGCUGUUCACUAACCCUGCUCGUCUGCUCAUAUUCAUCUCUCGAAUUUAUAAUAAACAACACCUCCCUCUCUUCGCGCGUCGAAGACCAGUGUAUCCGGCCAUGCCGGACGCGUUGUGCAGCGGCUUCCUCUGUGAAGCUUACGGCCUCAUCCUACAAUAUUCAGAUGCCUACUACAAUUUCUUUUUCAACAACAACAUCCCUGAUAUCGCAGUUGUCACCCCCAUCCCCGCCACCCGUACCUUUCCCUCCGCCCCAACUUAUCCAUCCGGUAUUACCUCCGACCUCACCAUCUACGCCACAGUCAUUGUGACGCUCUUCAUCUCAAUCAGCUCUUCGCUAUAUAUACUAUGUGCUCAUGCUCAAUCCGGCCAAGACACCUCUCGCCGCUCACGCCACAAUUCGUCCUCAACCUCACUCUCUCGGUCAACUAUGCUUUUAAUCCUAUUCGGCGUCAUUAUCAUCAUCUUCGCCUCCCUCACGCUCAACUCCACCGCCGUCACUUCCCUUCUAUAUACCCUCCUCGCUACAAACCCGCUCGAAUUCAUUUCCUCCAUUAUCGAGUACUACGUCUCGGUAUGGCGGAGCGCCACCAAGUUACCUUAUCUACGUUGGUUGCCUCCCAUCAUCCGGUUUUUAGACGAUUGUACCAGGUUACAUGGGGCGUAUUUACAGAUCAUGGUUAUCCUGGGGUAUCUUGGGUUGUUGGAUCAUCGGAAGGAUACGGACGUGAGGACCUUAAAGACUUUGCCGACGCCUGGUCACGGUUUGAAGAAGGCUAAACGUCAUGUUUCGGUUCAGGUUCAGGUCGACGCCACUACGGCGAGGGAAGCAUUACAUGGGCUUAAGGCGAAGGAGGGUGCUAACCAGAGCACCUCCGUCGCCGAUGGCUUAUCGUCGCACAACAUCGUCUCCGUUCCCUCGACUUCUCAGCCGACGCCACAGACCGAUGUUGCCUCCGACCCUUCGCCAAAGGUGCCUCCCGAAGACGUUUCUUCUGUGAAAGAUACGGCUCAAGCAGAUGACCCACUUUUGCAAUCCUCAGUCAAUCGCGCGAGUCAAUUUGAAGAGCCUUUCCCUGAUAACGAACAUCGUAGUGAUGUUGAAGUCGAGUCGUCCGAGGGCUUAACUACCCCAACACCGUCUCGAGGACCUGAUACUGCCGUUACUGUUCGCCCGACGUCUUCUACAACAACUAUCUCCGCCAUAGAGGUCCCGAUCAAUGUUUUGCCGCCGAAUGACAAUUCGAACAACCCGGAGACCGGAUCGUCUGAAGUGGCGGCACAUAGUGAAUACCUACCCAUGCAAUCAUUGUCGCCUCUCGGUACCAUUUCAGGCAGUGUUUCUCUCUUGUCGCAAGUUGACUUGGAUUCUUCUGAUGAAGAGUCCAUCAAUUCUUCCGCUGACUCGAGUUCUGCUACACUCAAUGACCCUGAACCUACCAUCUACGCAAAAGACAACCAACAGGCGCACAUAAGAGAACUCGAUGAUGAGCUCGACGCUGAUUUCGAACGAUCUCUAAACAUCAACUACGAUGACCCUAACGCAUUGGGAGUCGAGUUCCAGGACGAGAAUAUCCCACCACCAUUUGCUCCGUUUGAUAGUCCCCGGCAUUCAGAGCACGCCGCUUCAGCGAAUACUUCGCCUGCGGUGGUGCUGGCUAGGGACCCUCAAGGAGUGAUUGGUUCUGGCAACGUCAGCGUUCUUGGUCCUCCCCCGGGUAUCCCUCAUCCUGUUCGUGGGGCAUAUGGGCCUCCUCCCGGAAUAUUCACUCCCCCCAAUUUACACAAUGCUGUUGCGCCGACUGGCGAAUACCUUUAUCCUACGCUUGGGGUAUUCGGACCUCAGUAUGCUGGUGGCUACCCUCUUGGUAAUGGUACUCUACCGAUUCCGGCCAUUCAGCACGUUCAAAAUCAAGUCCCCCCCUCCGUAGAUCUCGCAACGUCUUCUUCUCCUCAGAGCGAACAGGCCGACGAAAGGGACUACCCGGAACGCGGCGCAGAUUUCUCAUCACAGGCUCCUGACACGUUCCCCUCUGCUGGUUUGCCGCAUCCUAAUUCCAACUUGCCCACGGUUAGCUCGAACGAUUACGAAGAAGACGAGGAAGAAGCAGAUGAGCUAACAUUAGAGAACGACUAUCCUGACAUCGAAGAAGGACCUCUAGCUAGCCACGGCUCAUCAACGUCGUUUAUUUCGGAGGACCAGGAUACUCAGCAAAUGGAUGGGUCCGAAGCGGAUGACUUUGCCGACAAUGACGAGGAUCCUAUCCUCAGCAACCGUGCAGAUGACACGGACCAAAACCAACACGGUGAAAUAUCUCCAGCGACAACUAACAAUAACGCUGCGAACGCCAUCAUUACCACUCAUGUACCGCCGUCGCUGUCGCCAUCGCCGUUGAUGCUUCCACAGACUUUCCACUUCUCUGUUGUGCCAAAUGGCGUGGCCAAGAACCCUUUCGCAUUUGGUGUUUCUUCGGGUCCACAAGUAAAUGAGGCAUCGACUAGCACUGGUCAAAGUGUUGCUAAGGGCAAAAAUGUCCAACCUCCUGUAAAUCUCGUCGACGUUGGCAAUAACGGGCCUGCGGGUUCGGGGUUCAACUUCUCCUUUGCACAAAAUGACUAUCCUGAUGGUCCCAAGGGACUAUUCGGAUUUGGACAGCCUGUCCCACAAGCGCCACGCCUGAUAAAGAAGCUGAAAACGCCCAGAGUUAAGAGGGAGCAAGAUGAGGCUGAGGUUGAACGGCGCGAAGAGUCGGAACCAAAAAGGAUGCGGCAGGUCGAAGCGGGAGAGUAUGAGAGAUUGGAGUUGAUGAACUCAGGUACAUGUGCCGAUGUCUUCAAGGCUCGGGACGUCAUCACUGGCAAGGUGGUCGCGCUCAAAUGUUUUCAUGACACUCCAGCUGCUCGAUACAGUGGCGAAGUAGAAGUGCACUGGCAUAAACGGUUGAAGGAAUUAAACCGAGGUGGAUCGCAGUUUAUACCGGAAUUCAUCGCCGCAGUCGACGAUGGUAUCCACAUUCAAAUCUUUAUGGAACUCUUGGGCCCAGAUCUCAGCGUCCUCAUCAACAAACUGCGUAAGAAAAAGGUCUACCUGAAUCUGGAAGAUAUCCGGAAAAUUGCACAUCACUGUGUUCAGGAACUUGCCUUCAGGCUUAUGUCAUCUACAGUUUUUCAUCAAAACCACAUAAUACACUGUGACAUCAAACCAGAAAACAUUGCCUUCGUUGCCCGGGACUUAGCUUACCAUGAAAUGUAUGAAAGUACAACUGAGGAUGGAGAAACACGACAAUAUGUUCUACUACGUUCAACCGACCUUUACAUCUUUGACUUCAACAUGAUGUGUGAAGAAUUCAGUGGUUCAUCACGACAAAAUGGUACGCUAGAUCUCAAUCCCCCAGAAGUCCAUUUUGGUCUUGAGUCAUCCUAUCCUCGAGAUCCGUGGUCCCUGGGAGCGACACUCUGCGAAUUAUUCCACCUGUCUCCACCAUUCUCUCUAGAACUCGAUAACUGCCAGCCGGAGGUCGUAAAUUUCACAAUGCUGAAGUUUAUGGAAUCCGUGCUCGGUGCUUUCCCAAAGGACCUCCUGCCAGAGUGGCAAGCGGACGAAUAUGAAAAAUUCGAGUUCACACCAGACGCGGCCUUGGUUGAACGAGGAGAAGAGCUCCAGGAAUUUCUGAACUCUGGAACAGAGUUUUCCGACUUUCUCUCUCGUUUACUUACAAUGGAUCCGGAGGAAAGGAUGACCAUGAGUCAGGCACUGGAGCAUCCUUGGAUUAAAGACUUAACGCAGUAAAGGUUUGAUGGACUGGCCAUUACUGGUCUGUUUCCAGGGUCUGCUACGUGCAAGCCUUCCCAUGACCUCGUCUCUGCUUGGGGGGUUGCGUAGUACAUGUGCAAAGCACUUUCCUUGGUUAAGUGACUGCUAAUACCGUCCUCGGGGCUGCUGUUAGGAGGGGCUGAUGAUGGUGCCAGCUUGUCGGAGGGACUAUGUCCUCUGAAUUCGCACAAAAGCCACUAGAAGAGCCCUGCAUGUCUGCAUGUGCAUAAUGCUGCUCUCUUUCUUCCGGUAUCACAGUCACAGAUUUUUGUACUAUAUCUCUCUAUUCACGGUAAUACUGUAGAUUACUUUAUUCAAAUCGACCAAGUAUGGUUGUGCGUGACACCGCGCGGAACAAGCCUAAUAAGGGGAGGGACGGAGAGCCUUAUUCAAUUUCUUCGGUACCAUAACCUUCGAUAAGCCAUUUCUGGGAUAGGUUAUGUGUAUAUCAAGCGCAGGGUCACUUUGUGUGUAAACUCGUGCCUCUUUCUUUAAUUUGUUUGUGCUUGUAUGUCCGGCGUACGACGGUAUGCGGGGAUCGAUGGAUCGAAAUGAUAAUUAUCUUUCGAUCCAUCGCGGUUGUCUAUGGUGCUAACGAUCUGGGCUGAAAUCAGAAAGGGCUCCGACAGUAGAGGUAUAUGCACUGAAAAAUACACUUUCCGAUAUCCG